AUGUCCACUGGGCCGGCGUCUCGUCUGCCGAACUCGGCACAGCAGAAAGAGCUCGAUCUCAUCUGGGAACAAGUCCAGGCCAAGGUCAUCGAGCUCGCGGGCGGAGAUCCCAAGAAGAUCCGACAUCUGGGGAUCGGCAACGUGAUUGAGCAGAUUGACUCGUACAACGACAAAAAGAACCCGGAAAGCUCCUCUCGACUCAAGUCGGCCGUCGACAAGACGCUGCAAUGUAUCCAGACCAUCGGAGGCAUCGUCACGCAAGGCGUCUCGACUGUCUUUGGGCCGGCCGAUAUGUGCUAUAACGCCUUGUCGUUCGUCAUUCAGGCCUGGAAGGGGUACGAAGGCAUGUUCGAGAACCUAUCGGAGCUGCUGGAGAAAUGCAUCGAGUUUAUGGACCGCCUCGGCUACUACACCGAGAAGAUGGAUGCAAAUCUGACCAAGCUCGCCUGCCAAAACCUCCGGCUUUUUGUCGAGAUUUGCCAUCGCAUUAUCCGUCUGCGCAAGAAACAUACCAGAUUCCUCGCCUUCACUAAGCAGCUGUUUCUCAACGAUGACGGCGUUCAGGACCUCCUUGCUUUGAUGGAGAGGCUUAAUGGAAAAGAGGCACUGCUGGUUGCCGCUCAGACCUUUGAGAUUGUGUCUGAUAGCGCCGGAGACUUGAAGAUUAUCGUUGAGGGCCAGAAUGAGCAGAGGAAGAAACAAGACUCCCAGCAGAGACGAAAGACCAUAGCCGAGGCCCUCGCUUUCCGAAGCGACGAGACCAACAGCAGCACUGGAGAACCUAUUGCCACCUGGCGACGAACCCUCGAUUCUCAUAUGACCAACAUCGUCGCCGACACGGGCGACUGGCUGACCGAAGAUGCCGCCUUCCAAGACUGGGCCCAGGUGGAGGUUCCAUCCAAGCCGAUUUUGGUGCUCCAGGGGAGAAACUACUCCGGCAAGACGUCAGCCAUGGUCAACGCACUGCGUUAUCUCCGCCAGCAGAGCGAGAACAUGCUGACAUCGCGAAUCGUAACGGCGUACUUCUUCCCAGGCGAGAACGCGAAGCAACUCGAUGAAUCCAGUGCAGAGCCCAUACUCGAGAUGGCCUCCAAGGCCCUGCUCUGGCAGAUGGGCGUCUCUUUCGAGGCUCUGACCAAGGCGUUUGCGAAUAGAGCCCAGGCCUCCAAGGGCUUCAUGGGCUGGCUCGAUGUAUGGGAGCAGCUCUAUAUCAGCAACCCAGAGCGCCUCAACCCUGAUACCACUUUCUUCAUCCUGAUCGACAGCUCUGACGCGAGCGAUGAACGUAUCGAGGCGCUUGUGCCGUUGCUCCAACAGCUGGCCUCGACCACUCUCGGCGGAAAGACGCGUAUACUCUUGACGGCAGGGCCGCAAGCUGCAACGGAGUGCGUUCGACAGGUCAGCAGCGUGCAGUUUGAGAUCAUCAACAUCGUGGAUCGCAACAGCUCCGAUAUCGAAAAGUACAUCAACCAUCGCAUGGACAAGAUGCCCAUGCUGCGAGACCCAAGCCGUCCUGGCAUCGCCGAGUGGCGUAAGAGAAUUCUGGCCAAGCUGGCCGAGAAAUGCGCAGGCGAUUAUUUCAAGCUCAACUCUAGCCUCAGUGCCCUGUCGCAGAUGCAUUUGGUUCAGGACAUUGAAGAGGUGCUGGCUCAAGCAGAUAGUACCAGGGCGGACCAGAUCCUCGCUGAGAUCAGCCACCUCAACAACACGCGCACGCCCAAGGAAAUUAAAGAGAUCAACGAGAUCAUCGUCUGGGUCAAAAGCGGCCGUCGAUGGCUCAGCGCUGAGAUUGUUGAAGCCCUGCUGGCGAUCAAGCAUCAAGCUGAGUCUGCCGACGCAGCUCCAUUCCUGACUCGACAGCUUUCAGGGUCUCUCCUUGCUGCGUCGUCGGGCUCUGGGGGCACGCUGGCUGUCUCUCUUCUACCGUUUUCUCAGAAGCUCUUGGAAAUGUAUUCCCUCUUCACCAUUACUGAAGCCAACGAAGUUAAGUGGCGUGAUCCAGAGACAGAAAGCCAUAUCCCGACCAAGGCAACUGUACAGGGCGACGAUUCGAAGAUGCUCCAGAGUAUUUUGAGCACGUCUGGCACGCAGAUGGUCCGCGAUGGCGAAAUCGACAUUGUUCGGCAUUUCCUGCACAAUGUGUGUCCACCUCAACUGUAUGAACGCUUUGACUUCGACGCCUUCUUCGAGAUGAAGCUCAGAGCCCGGCAGAAGGAGUAUAUCUGCUUUGACGAGGACAAUGGCGAUAUCCGCAUCGCCAUUGCUUUCUUGACAAUUUUAACGAACCUGAGAUUCCAGGGCAUGGAAAGUCUCAUACGGCUUGCCAGGCGAGAUCUUUUCUACCACUUGAAAAAGGUCGAUCUUUCUGCCGCUGAGACAACCUUGAAAUCCCAGGUCGGGCCGCUCCUUGUCUCCCUGUUGACGGAAGAAGUUGGCGUCAAGACUCUCUUCAUGCCGGGGCCCUCGACACCAUUCUUCGACAGGCUGGAAACCGAGGCUUCUGAACUGCAAGAUAUCCGAUCUGAGUGGCUAUACUCAUUAGAUGGAGUUCGGGAAGUCGUGCGGUGGCUGAGCGAUUCUGCCGUGACCAAGUUGAUCCACGGCGACAAUGCUGAGGCUUUCGUUAAGAGCAUCACCGGCCUGGACCAGAACUUGCACCGAGUCAUUCUGUCGCAUGCAGCCAAGCAUCUAGCGCGGCAGAUGUUUUACCAUAACAUCCGGAAAAGGCUCGAGAUCUUUUGUGUGUGUUUGUUCCUGCGAGGGUACCUGAUGCGAUGCGAUGCGGGAAUCUCGAGCGUAAUGGAAAGCGAUGCAGCGUUUUAUAUCGAACAAGAGAAAGACGCGGCCAAAGAAAUCGAAAGCGUCAACAACUUCGACCUCGAGAUGGUCAAGAAGAUUGAGGACUGGGCCGCGACCGCAAUUGACAAAGCGAACAACACUCCAGCUCAAGAUUCCCACUGGGAAUACCAGGCGUCCUUCUUCAUCAGAAACAUGUGUCCAUCUAUCCUAGCGAGCGAAGCAACUCUCCGUACUAAAAAGGCUGUGGAGCUUAACCCUAAAAACUAUUUUGCCCGCAUCAGCCUUUAUUACACCUUCGGCCACGCUGAGGCUGUCGAGGCCCUCACUGCGCUCAAGGAUGAACUGGAGAAUGAUUCGGGUGAAGAGCGCUCCCAACUACUCGCUACUGUGUCAAUCAGACUAGGCAUUCGACUCUGGAAUAUCGGUGAGGAUUACGAGGCGGCCGCGCGUGCUCAUGUCGAAAGCCUCACAUACGAUUUCGUUGGUUGGGAGUACAUGGGCGUCUUGAAGCAGUACGCCGAGAAAUCUAGCCACGAGCAUACCAUCAACUUCUUCAGACAACUGAACGAGCGACACUGUAUCUGGGAAUCGGACGUCUAUGAGUUCUACUACUAUAUCAACGACAUUUUCGAUGAUGAACAUGCCAUUGCCGAAGCUGCUGACUCCACAGAGGGAUGGGAUGUUGUAAAGACCUUGUUCAACCUCAUGCUUGAGGGGAUGCAAAGGCCUGAGCUAUGCAAAAUGGUUUCCCAAUGUCACAUACAGCUAGCGGACUGCUUAGGGGCAUCAUCCAGUGCAUCUGUACGUGCCGAGCGAGUUGCUCAUUACGAAUCAGGCCUGGAUGCAUUUAAGGGUGUUGAAUUGACCAACGGCUGGGGGACCAAAUACGCCUUCUUCUCCAUGGUCCAGCAGCUCAGCGCCGCAUAUUUAGAACAGGCACUUAGGUCCGAGCCAGGAUCUGAGAUACUUGAGUCUUGUCUCACCAAGAUUGCCGGACUCUUGGAUAUGGCAGACAGAGAGGGGAAUGUCGUGCAGGCCACAUCGCCAGCAUGCUCACUGAUCGUCUUCAACCGCAGAACGGGCCAGUUCGACGAUGUCGUGAGUAAGUGGACGCACAAGAUCAUACUCGAAGUGCUCGAUCUUCUGUCCGACGACGACGACGACAACGACUUUGAGGCGUAUCUGUACCUCGUGCAGCUGAUGAUUGCCAUGAGGGACACCGAAAAUGCGCGAAUUGCGUUGCUGAUGACCAAGUGGGAGAUGCGCAAGAAGAUGAUUUGCGAGAUUGAAGCAGCUAACCAAGCUACAACGUCGAGCAAUAAAAACCUCGCCCGCCAGCCGAUCUUGGACGAUGAGGACGAAGAAGAAGGAGAGAAGGACGUGGAAGAGGGAGAGAAGGACGAAGAGGAGAAGGACGAAGAGGAGAAGGAUGAAGACGAGGAAAAAGAAGACGAUGAGCGGGAGAACACAGCAGAACAGACCAAGGAGGGGGCUAACGAGGGUUGUGAGGAGACUCAACAGGCCAGCGAGGAGACUGAUGAGGCCAAUGAGGACACGGAAGAGGCUGACGAGGAUUCAGCUAUUGGCACAUGGACCCUAUUCUGCGAUGGAUGCACCCCAGAGCUUCGAGCUGUCGACUUCGCCGUCUACCUAUGCACAGAAUGCGUGUCCCUCAUGGGCUUCCAACCAGAGUGCUACGAGCUGCUCAAGAAAGGCAAGAUAGAGCGACAGCACGAGUGCUCCAUGGAACAUAGCUUCAUCUACGUGCCUGCUUGGAAGCCGGAUCAGGAGCUGCUCCAUGGCCACGUUCCGCUGCUGGAGACGGGCGUCCAGGGUGAUGGCGAGGUGCAGCAGAUUGGAUGGAUGCCACUGGAGGAGUGGAAGGCGAAGUUGAAGGAGCUGUACGUGAAUAAUUAG